ACGACGAAUAAGAGAGUUGCACACCUGAAUAAACGGCGACAAAAUGGCGUUGAGCGGUAAUGCUAUCAGGGUGUUGUUCAUCCUGGUGAUCCUUUGCGUCGCCGCGCACGGCAAGGCCGCCGAGAAGAAGGAGAAGAAGGAGGAGAAGGGGGGCAAAGACAAGGAGGCGGACGCGGAGGGCCCUGCGGCGGAGGGCCCGUCGUCCGGCGGCGGCGAAUUGGACAUCAGCAAGUCCGGCAAAUGCAAGGGCGACGGCAAGGCGGACUGCACCGAAGCUCUGGAGGAGGCGUGGGCGUCGGCUUGCAAGGGCACCGGGAAGCAGACGAUCCAAAUCCCCAAGGGCGACUACUUGACGGGUCCCCUCAACUUCACCGGCCCGUGCACGGGCGACGUCACCAUCCAGCUCGACGGCAACCUGCUGGGCUCCACUGACAUGGCACUCUACAAGUCCAACUGGAUCGAGAUCAUGCGCGUCGAGAACCUCGUCAUCAGCGGCAAAGGCACGCUCGACGGCCAGGGCCCCAAGGUCUGGAGCAAGAACGCCUGCGCCAAGAAAUACGACUGCAAGAUCCUGCCAAAUUCGUUGGUGCUGGACUUUAUAACCAAUGGCACCAUAUCCGGGAUCACGCUCCUGAACGCCAAGUUCUUCCACAUGAACGUGUUCCAAUGUAAGGGCGUGACCAUCGAGGACGUGACCGUGACCGCCCCCGGGGACAGCCCCAACACGGACGGCAUCCACAUCGGCGACUCGUCCGGGAUCACCAUCACAGGCACCACCAUCGGCGUCGGCGACGACUGCAUCUCCAUCGGCCCGGGAAGCACCAAGAUCAACAUCACCGGCGUCACCUGCGGCCCAGGCCACGGCAUCAGCAUCGGCAGCCUCGGCAGGUACAAGGACGAGAAGGACGUGACCGACAUCAACGUCAAGGACUGCACGCUCAAGAAGGCCACCAAUGGCCUCCGGAUCAAGUCCUACCAGUCCGCCGAGUCCUCGCUCACGGCCUCCGAGAUCCACUACGAGAACGUCAACAUGGAGGACGUGGCCAACCCCAUCAUCAUCGACAUGAACUACUGCCCCAACAAGAUCUGCCCCGCCAAGGGCAGCUCCCACGUCACCAUCAAGGACGUCACCUUCAAGAACAUCACCGGCACCUCCUCCACGCCGGAGGCCGUCAGCCUGCUCUGCUCCGACAAGCUGCCCUGCAGCGGCGUCGAGCUCAACGAUGUCAAGGUCGAGUACUCUGGCAAAAACAACAAGACCAUGGCCGUCUGCAAGAACGCAAAGGGCACUGCCAAGGGAUGCCUCGAGGCACUGGCUUGCCUUUGAUUUCACCGUUCCUUGACGUACACAGACCGGUCCCCGAGAUCGUCGCCAACGCCAAUCCCCCACAAAAUUGGUCUCCUCUGCUACGUGUACGUUGUACCUGCGCCUCCCUGAUAUCCACGACUUAAUAAUCUGUGGGUAUCACGAGGAAGUCCGCACGCUGAAAGAUUUUGUCAUUUUCUUUUCUCCUUUGUAUCAUCGUGUUACCAUGCCUGCAUCAGCUAUCUCUGUAUAUGUAUGACAGCAAUUGAUUCGUCUAAUGUUAUCUCACGCAAGUCUAUAUCUAUACAGUUGUUCAUGCAA